GCCGCCGCCGCCGCCGCGGUCUCGCCAUGGAGAGGAAGCAAGCCGACUAUGGCACCCAGGACGAGCGGUACAUGAUUCAGGGGGAGAGGUACCAGGGGCAGCAGUACAGCCACAUCUACUUCACGCGCCUCCACCACAUGCGCACCCUCCUCCACGCCCUCGUCCCCUCCCGCAAGCCCAACGUCCCCGUCACUACAGUGCUGGGGCUUGAAGAAGGAAAGGAUUGUGUGCUUGUUGGAACUUUAUUCAAGCACAUGAAACUGAAACCUUCUAUUCUUGAUGAAUACUCCAAGGAGAGGUCUGUGGUCCCUCUUGUUAAGCCGCACAACUUCAUGCAUCCGGAGGACAAUCUUAUUCUGGAAGAUGAAAGUGGAAGAGUUGCGCUUGCAGGAGCCAUACCUCCAGCAGCUUAUGUGACUGGAGUUGUAGUAGCUCUCCAUGGGAAGGAAACAAGUGCUGGCAACUUCCUUGUUGAAGAUGUUCUUGAAGCUGGCCUUCCUCCUCAAACUGUGUUGCCUAGCAUAAAUGAGGACAAGUAUGUUGUAUUUGUAUCGGGAUUAAGUGUCGGGAGCAGCACAUUCAAUCCUCUGCAGUUCCAACUUCUUAUUGACCAUAUCACGGGGCAUCUGGGUGAUGAGAAUGAGCAAACGGUAGCAUCAAAAAUAGUUCGUGUUGUGGUGGCUGGAAAUUCAGUACAUAUUGCACCAAGAUACUUGAAUGGCCAGACAGUAGCUGCAAAAGAUCAACCCAGGAUAGCUGAGCCAAUCAAAGAACUGGACAUAAUGUUAACUCAGCUUGUGGCGUCAUUACCUGUAGAUAUAAUGCCGGGCUGUAAUGAUCCAGCAAACUUUUCUUUGCCUCAGCAGCCUUUGCAUAGAUGCCUUUUCUCUGGAGCAUCCACCUAUAAUACAUUUUCAUCAUGUCCGAAUCCACAUGAAUUUGAACUUGACAAUGUCAAGUUUCUUGGAACAUCUGGCCAGAACAUAGAUGACCUCUACAAGUACUCGGAUGCCAAAGACAGGCUAGAAUUCAUGGAAAGGACAUUGACAUGGCGCCAUCUUGCCCCGACUGCACCGAACAGCCUAGGAUGUUAUCCAUACACAGACAAGGACCCUUUCCUUGUUGAAAGCUGCCCCCACGUCUACUUUGUCGGGAAUCAAGAUAGAUAUGAAUCUCGAUUGUUGCAAGGAUCCGAGAAACAGCAAGUUAGGCUAAUCAGCAUUCCAAGAUUUUGUGAUACUGGAAUCGCUGUCAUGCUCAAUUUGAGGAACUUGGAAUGCACCACCUUGAGUUUCUCAACAAGCUUUGAUUCCUGACUUUGCCCUCUAUGGAGUUCAAGAGGACGCGGUCUCUGGUGCAGCGCUACUAUGCCCACCUUAAUCCUGAAGUUUAAGCUUUGAUGAGGGAACACACUAUGGUGUGAUCCGCAGAAGCUCAUGUGAAGGUUCCCUCGGAAGUCGGAAGAAUGUAUCUGUAGCUCAUCAGUUCUUUGUUAGAUGUGUCAUGACCUAGGUUUCGUUUCUCCAAUUAGACGCCUAUGCGUCAAUGCAGCUAACGAACGUUUCGCCAGUUUGUAUCAGCUGAUCCAUUUAUCAGAUCUUGUAUUCUAUAUGCCAUCAUCAAAUGUAUCAGUUGUUGGAACAAA